GUCUCGUGGUCGCACGUAAGUGACGCAACGCGGAACACAGUCAGUGACGUUUGUUGAUUUUUUCGACUUGGCACAGACCGGUGUUAUUUUUAACUGUGGUGUUUAUUUAUGAUUUCAACCAUGUUUGUGAGGAAAUGAAAGUGUCGUUUAUGCCACUGCGCCUCAAAGACAUCGACAAGAGCGGCGCUUCAUCGUCAGCAGUUCAGUGUGGGAUCAGCUGUGUGUGUGGCGAUGGCGAUCCUGUUUGCGGUGGUGGCUCGAGGAUCCACUGUUCUGGCUAAACACGCCUGCUUCUCUGGAAACUUCCUGGAGGUGACGGAGCAGAUCCUGGCCAAGAUCCCGUCUGAGAACAACCGGCUGACGUAUUCCCACGGCAGCUAUCUCUUCCACUACAUCUGCCACGAGAGGAUCGUGUAUCUGUGCAUCACUGAUGACGAGUUCGAGCGCUCGCGUGCCUUCGGGUUCCUGAAUGAGGUGAAGAAGCGCUUCCAGACCACCUACGGCUCUCGAGCUCAGACCGCGCUGCCCUACGCCAUGAACAGUGAGUUCUCCAGCACGCUGGCGGCGCAGAUGAAACAUCACUCGGAUCCCAAAGGCUCGGACAGAGUGACAGAAGCACAGAUGCACGUGGACGACCUGAAGGGCAUUAUGGUCCGAAACAUCGAUCUCGUCGCUCAGAGAGGAGAGAGACUCGAGCUGCUCAUCGAUAAAACGGAGAACCUGGUGGAUUCUUCUGUCACCUUUAAAACAACGAGCCGUAACCUGGCCCACGCCAUGUGUAUGAAGAACCUGAAGUUAACCAUCAUUGUUGUGAUCGUGGUGCUGGUGGUGCUGUAUAUCAUCGUGACGGCCGCGUGUGGAGGACUCAGCUGGCCGAACUGUCGGAAGCAGUAGAAAUGACUAGAGACUCACAAACACAGCUCUGAGCUCCUGCUGGUGUCCUGUGCUGUUCCUAACAAUACUUCAGCAUCACCACCUUCACAUGUUCAUCCUUGUCCUAUGUGUCUGAGGCUUUGGGUUCUUUUCACAAUGUUGUAAUGCAGUUCAACUACAGGGAGAAUUUAAAGGAGUAGUUCACCAGGAAAUUAAAAUUGUCAUAGAUGUUAAUUCAUACUGCUCUGGUUUAGUUUUAGAAAGUGGCAUAAAAGUAUCAUAAAAGUUGUCCGUAUGACUAGUGCACUGUAUUCAUGGUUUUCUGAAGUUGGUUUUUGGUUUUGGUUUUUCUAGCUGUAUGUGAGGAAUGAAACUGAAGUCAUUAUUCACAGAACAUCUUCCCCGUCAUGUGUAGUGCUUAAUUCUCAUCUGAAUGCACAGUUUUUAAUACACAUUCAUUAUUAUUAUUAAAGGACAAAUAAAUAGUUCUUUGAGAUAUUUAAGUACUUGAAUAGUGGAUUUUAGUUGGGUUUGUUUCUUCCACAAAGCUAUGUACGACUUGGCAUUGUGUGUUGGGGACUUCUUUUAUGAUACACCGGUUUUAUGAUCUGUGUCGUUUUAUUGCAUGGAAAAGCAGUGUAAAUCAUCCACUAACCGCUUUGAUUUGUGUGUUUCAUGGAGGAAAGUAAAGCAGGACUAGAACGACACGAGGCUGAGAAUAUGAGGGACUUUUCUAGUUUUGGGUGAACUACUCAAGCCAGCGGUUACUAAUCCUCUUCAUAACUCACAGCAGAAGAGCUUCAAGAGCAAUGAUCAAAUAUAUCAAAUAUAAGAGUAUUGACCUGGCACUUGUGUUUGCUCUGUUUUAAUUAGGUUUGCUUACAGCAGUCAUUAUAUGUAUGUAAUCAUUUACAUUUAUAGUUAGCUUACUAAAUGUGUUUUCUACAGAAUGAACUAAUGUCAGUCACCAAGAUUGUUUGUGAUCGAUUGAUUGAUUGAUUAUUGAGUAGCAUAUGAAGUAGUUUGUCUACUUUAAAUUAGUCGUGUGAUAUUGUUCACAGCGCAGAGCUAAUUGGAUUAAAAACUGCAUGUUUCUGGUUGAAUCUUGCAAAACCUGUUAAUGUUUCAGCCCAAAUUAAAGAGCAAAUUGGAUGGAAGCUAGAUCAUUACGAGGCCUGUUUUUUUUUUUUUUUUUUUUUUUGUAUUGAAUUAUUCAGCACAUUUUCCUGAAAUUAUCACUUGAAAAAGAAAGAAUGAAUCAUGUAUAAGCUUCUAAUUCUGACAUGAAAUACACAGAAUAGUAAACAACCAUGUAUAGAAAACAAUAUAAAGCUAUAUCCAAGUAUAGAGUGUGAUUUGCAGGAAUAGAGAGAGUAUGUACGGGCAGAGUGAAUACAUUUAAAUGUAGUCAUCAUAGUGAGACAUACAAAAGACACCUGUAAUGUACAUUUUGUAAUGAUGUGUACAGCUUAAAUAAAAAUGCUUAUGUGUUGCAAAA